AUGAAAAUGUAUUGUUUGAUGAAUACACAGCUAUGCAAAUAUUUUGAUGGCAUACUAUUAUCAUGGGCAAUACAGCACGCACCGAAGGCAAAGUUUGCAUUUCGAAUUUCAAGUUCCCUGCUGCUGAGUUGAGUUUUCCCCUGUGCGUGUGUGUGCCAUAAGUUUGAGUUUGGAAAAUGGUCAACUAUCUGGGCAAUGGACUGGUGACCUGUGGACUAUUCCUGAGCUUCCCUGUGAGAAUGUUGCUGUAUGCGGUCUUCAUCUACCUGGCCAAUGUGACGGCCAUGUUGCAGUUGAUCCAGGAACUUUUGAUCAUCAUGCUCCAGCUGCAGCUGGUGGUGAUCAGAUACAUGUACCACCCCCGGACCUUUGUGGGGACACCUUUUCGAGAGCACCUCCUGGACAUCCUACAGUUCCUGAUGAACGCGUGGAGCCUGCUGCUGCACUUGCUCGCCCAAUCCCUGAGCCUGCCGUGCCACGUUCUGGGACGACUCAGCCGGGUUUUCCGCUUCUGCGCCCGUACUCACACCUGGGUGACCAUGCUGCAGCACAACUGAAAAACUCUGGGAACCCUGGGAACCCUGAGAACCCUGGGAACCCUGGGAACCCUGGAAAGCCCCCAACUGAAGCGCUGAAAAAUUAUCCUGCGAGAGCAAUAAACGCUCGCAAGUGCAUGAAAUUUAAUGUUCAUUUUGUGGACUCAACUCCGCAUACUUUAGCGAGGUAUUUGAUGAACAGGGGGUAUUCUGCGGUAUUAGAAGGCACCAGUCAAACAAUAUAUAUAUUUUAACAUCAGUUUUUAAUUAAAUAUAUUGUAUACUGAUAUGUAUAAAAAAUCGUAUAUUUAUAUUUAAAAAAUG